CCGAAUGCGAAACAUGCUCUCCGACUAUCUGCGGUCGGCGUUUUUGUCGAUUUUCGGCAACCCUGAAGUUGACGAGCUCAGGGAGGCCAUCGGGAACCUAGAAGACGAGAACAGGACGCUGAAAAACGACCUGGACGCGUCGCACGCUGAAGUUGACAAACUCAGGGAGGCCAUCGGGAACCUGGAAGGCGAGAACAGGACGCUGAAAAACAACCUGGACGCGUCGCACGUGCAGCUGAAAACGACAGAGCAGUUGCAGAAGCAGACCCUGGUUGAAAAACAGCACUUGAAGGACCAGGUUGAAAACUUGAAGAGGCGACUGCAGGAUUUGGAUAGCCAGUGCCAGUUCAAGCAAGACCUGAAGGUUGCCUGCCAAAGGGCAUUCACUGAAAAGCAUUCUGAAAUUGUACAGCUGAUAGCGCAUGCAGAGUUGACUACCAGCCUGGACAAGCGCACUGUCCUAGACCUGAAGCAGCAGCUGAAGAUGGCGGAUGACGAAGCCAAGGACUCUGUCUACAAAGAGCUGCUUAUCAAGGAUAAAAUGAAGAGGGCUCUCAGGGGCAGUCCCAAAGAGUUAGAGCAGAUAACAUGGUAUGCCCAUGACAGAAAGAGCCUCGUGCUUGCGAAUGACUGUAGGGUGGCCAGGAGGCCAGCCAGGGCCAGAGUUUGUGAGGAGGAAGAGGAAGUGAAAAAAUGGGAAAAGGUGAAGGAUGUCUGGUGGAAUGCAAAGUUGGCCAAGACGACCACCAAUCAGAAGAUGGGCAAAGUGGAAAAGUUGACCAUGGGCGUGGCAGAAGCAAUCAAGCUUCUGGAGGAAAAUGAGGAGAAGGUCCAGAGGCUGCGCAAGGAGCUGCAGGCCCUGAAGACUUACAAGCAGGUCAUGGAUGAUGUGGUGAUGGCCAAGAUCGGUGCCAUCAUGACCAGCAUCCAGUCUGGAAGAAAAGCUAAGUAGUAAAACAAAA